ACAAACUUCACCAUUUCCACAAACUCCACACCUCCAGAACUCUCGCAGAAAUGGCCAUUGACACCCUCGACACUCUUCCUCUGAAGUCCGAAGCCUCAUCUUUGAAUACCUCCAAGCGACCACCCACAAGCCGACACUCUCCUCGCUCAUGCGCGUCUCUCGAGAGAUGUACGCCAAUUCAAUGCCCCGUCUCUACCAGAGGGUCAGGCUCAAUGCUUCCAAUGCGGAGGCCUAUUUCGGGUGCCUCACAGCGGACGGCCUCGACGCUAUCGACGAGGAGAUUGCUCUCCAUAAGCCGCAGCUCAUCGACUAUAUCUGGCAGCUCGAGAAAGAGAUUGGCGACCUUGCACCCUCGCAAUUCACUCCCCCACCCAUCGCGCGAAAGAUCUGUCAGAUCUGGAGCACACAGCAUUUAUUUCUUGAAGACGCUCCUGCCGCAAUCUCUCUGCAACAAGCGGCGACCUCUCUAGAGUAUCUCCAUGACCAACUCUACAAGAACCUAGACGGCCUCGUCGAUGACAGCGAUAAGUACAUGAUGUGGAUCAGCAUAUCUGUCUUGUCCGACAACGCCUCAGUAGCCUUGGGCGAACCUUUGGCCAAGAGCCUCAUCCUCUACCCCAAAGUGUGGGAGGGUGUUGCCAAGAUGCUGAAGGGAGACACAUUCAUGGAUAGUUUAGACUCUAUCUGCCUUCGCAUACCUGCGAACUGUUCAGGUACCGCUGCAGCUCAAUACUGCAAAGAUAUGCUGUUGACGGAAUGCCUCAGCCCGAGGUAUACGAGUAUCGAAACUUUCUGCGUCCAUAACGUUAACCCUCUGGAGCAUAUGUCUAUGAGCGUUGUCCAUGAAAACUUACACAUCUUUUUGCGACCUGAGGGUUCGCCAGGGAUGCUCUCGCACGAGGCGAGUAUCGGCGCUUUCAUGUCCAAUCUUCUCAAUAUCGGCAAAAAAAAAAGGUCACGAUUCAGCAGGCUGGUCCCCAACAUACACUUCUACAACAGCCAAUACACAGAUGCGGAUCGCGUUUCCCACCACAACCGGGGUUUCUGGAACGAAUUGAAGGAGGCAAGGAAUGGCCCGCCGGAUGGAUCGGGAUUGAAAUUCAACUGGCCUCCUGUCACGCUGAAGCUAUACGGGCCGGAAGAGGAGGUCGCCUGUCCCGUCUGUCUGGAGACUGUGUAAUGUAACAGUAAUACAGAUUCCGUUGCCUUCUUCGGCAACACCUGACACGCUUGGUGCACCACGGACUGUACGAGUACUUUCAGAACAGUGCGACCGUCCACGCUCGUCAGAAGGUAGUCUACAAAGCGAUCGUUUCAUUCCGCCAGCCCUGACGCUAAUAUACAUGCACCGAGAUGCUAAAUCAACAUGUCAAGAGGGCAGAAAGACAAGUAGAGAACUUUAUGUUGACAGAUAAGCAACCGUCCCGACCCGAUGCACGGUG